CGCACCUCCGAUUCUCUCUCUCUCUCUCCCCCCUCUUCUCCCCCCCCCUCCUCUCAACCGCUUUCUAUUGUGGACCGUUCGGGGCGUCGUGUUUGGUCGCGCUGAGGGCCUGCGGCCAAUGUCGGUUUCCUUGGUCCUCCGGGGCCGCUGACAGCCAGAGCGCCGGGCUCGGUGACGAUGUGUGAGGGAGUGAGGCGGAGCAGCUGGGCCCCGGCUCCCUUUGUAUGGUAGCGGCCUCGGUCACCUCACGGUAGAGGCCCUCACUCACCGCAGCCCGCCGGUUCCCUCACCGCCGAGCAUGGAGCCCACCUUCCCGCCCAGUAUGAUCAUGUUCAGCCACCUGCCGCCCGUCACCAGCUUCGCCCGCCUGGGCUCAGACCUGCUCCCCCCGCCGCCCCCGCCGCCAGCAGCCCCCUCCUCGCUGCCGGGCCCCGGAGACAUGAUCCUGAAGAAGGAGCCCUGCUCCCCGCCGCAGCCGGGGGACUUCCUGCACAGCCUGGCCGCCAUCAAGCAGGAGAAGAUGGGCGAGCACGAGCACUACCGCUUCUACGGCGGGGACCGACCGGCAGAGAUCCUGGAGGUGACCGUGGGGGGGCCCGGGAUCAUGCCCGACCUGGGCCUCAGCCGAGAGGUGAGAGAUAAUAGAGAGGGGGGGGAAUGGGGGGCUGAUCAGACCGGGACAGGCCUGGUAAACAAACAUCACCCCACAACACAACACACAACUGGGGGGGACAUGGGCUUUACAGAGCCUCACCAGCUGGGAGCCACUUGGACUGGCUUUGUGGGGGUACCUAGCUAAACUACCCCAAGCUGGAGAGCCACAGAGCAUUCACUGAUUCAAUUAUUGUUUUAUUAUUAUUAUUUUUACAGCAUGGGGGGUAUGUUUGAUAAAUACAAAAUGGAGGGAAUGGGCAAGGCCACCUUUUUUUUAAAGGCCUUUGUGAUCAUCUGUGAGUCCAUAUGAUGCGAGAUAAAAUGGCCCACUGUGAAUGUAUCUGCAAUGACCUCUGCUUUUGUCUUUUUUAAUUUUUUUUUGUUGGGCUGUGUGUGUAUAUAUAUUUUAUUUUUUAAAAAUAUUUUUUUACACUUAAAUAUGCAUGCACCUUUUUAUGUAUGUAACAAUAGGUAUGAGUGUAUAGGAGGGACUUAUUUUUUUUUUCUCUUCUUUUUGUAUCAAUAUUUUCGAACGUUCCAUUUGAAUUUAAAUAGAUCACUUGAGUUUUGUUUCACAUUUCUCCACACACUCACUGGGAAGGAAUGAGCUAGUGGUUUUAAUACAAAUUAACAAAGUCCCCUAAUGUGUUUUUCUUUUGUGUGUGUGUGUGUGUGUUUUUAACCUCUAUAGGAACAUUUUAAAUUGACAAAUUGCAUUCUCUGUAUGUAAGGAGGAUUUAUUUACUUUUUUAAUAUUUAAACUGUUUUAAGUUGAUGUAUGCAAACUUUAUAUGCUGCAAUUAAAUAAAUGUAUCUUUCCUAGAAAAAUAUUUUUAUAAAUGUGUCAAAUACAUUUAAAAAAAAAAAAAAUAUAUAUAUAUAUAUAUAUAUAUAUAAAAAUUUUUUACUGUUAAACUCAUGAUGUUCUAAUAUAUUAAUCUAAUCUACUGAAUAUAAUUAGUAUUUGGGCCUAUUCACUAAAACCAAUAAUUGUGAAUAUUCCACUUUUUUGUUUCCCCCAAUUUGUGUCUUUUCAAUUAGCAUUCCCUUGAUAAUGAUUCCUGCUUCAACCUCUUUGAGGCUCAUUCACUAAACACCAUUUUGUAGUGUGUUAUAUGACAAAUUUGGAAAUUGUAGGAAAACCAUAGCCAAACUAUGACAACAGCUGAGAUUUUUUUUUUUUUCAAAUGGGAUCUUUUUGCAUACAUUUUACAGUUUUGUUUACAAUUCACAAGAAUUCUUUUGUUCAAAGAGCAAACACUGUUAGAUAAAAUAAAUGGUCAGUUUAGAGCAUCCUAACACUAUGAUGUUCCCAGCUGGAAUUCAGUCAUUAAAAAGGAUAUGCUGCAGCCAUCUUAAUGUUUGGCGCUUGUAGUAGACCUAUUUUUAAAUGUAAUGUUGGCUACUCCUUUUCUACAAUGUGUUUUUGGGUAGUAUUUAAAUCUGAUGUAAUAUACUUAGAGAUAAAUAUUAGAUUUGAAAGGGCUCUAUUGGUCUGUUUUAUCUGAAGUUUUGCUUUUUUUGCUGUGUGAUUUAGUCAUGCCAUACAUUUGGCAGACACAACUUGCCUUAACACAAAAAACAGGUAUGGUAGUCUGAGAUUCUCCAUUGUGGAAUCUUCACUUAUGGGAUUAGUCGCUAGUGGGUUAGAAUUUAAAUGUCAACUAUAGCUGAAUUGGGAAAGUUAGUCAUGGCUUGGCUCCCCCUCAAAAAAAAAAAAAAAUUGCAGUUCUAUUUUAACUUCACUACAAUGUGAUGUUUAAUGAAUAAAGAUCUUGCUGAUUUUCUCCAUCUUAAGAUAGGCUGACUUGCGAUAUGUAAUCAGGUUUGAAUGGCAUUCCUAUGACAGAGGAGGUGAGUGAUUCACCCCAUCCAGACUGUUAUUCAUACCGUGCCCCUGACUCAUAUUAUUACCAAUUACGUCUGGGCCAUUUUUUUUCUUCUUAUUGUGACUCACAAUAGGUGAUAUUUAUUUUAUCGUCAUACUGCAGGAUCAGAGCAAUCCUUUUAUUUUGUAUAUGAUUUCGGUAUUCCCAGAAUUCUUUGCUGAGCAUGCAGAUUAGUACAAACCAGAAUUAUACUGCAAACUCCAUGCUGCAUUUCUGCUCGCACACUUUGCAAUGAAACACUUUUUGUACCAAAGAAUGGGUUCUUGUUCAAAAGAACCAAUGGCCUGAAGCUAAUUAUGACUGUCCCGAUCAGUCCCCAUAAACUAGAAUGAGAUGCUCCUGAUUGGACGUCAUCCUGUGUGGGAAGGUUCUGCAUGUGACUGCAGACAUACUUGCUAAGCAGUGCACCUUGGGACACUUUCAUGGUAAGGAUCUUUUAUUUUUAUUUUCAUUAUAUAAUAUAUAAUCCACCCUAAACCUGCUGUAAUGGCUUCAAACCUGACUACAAAAUUGUAUAAAUGAGACAUGUAUAAACCACUUAAUAUUUUGUCUAAUUUAUUAUGCCUUCAAUACCCUGUGAUGGCAUUAUUUUCAUGUUGUAUUCAUAUAGGUGUGUCUGUGUAUAUAAUAUUCUGGGUGGGCAUAUGCAAUUAGUUAUCAUGCAAAAGGGUGAUUCUUCGAGUUAAAGGGACACUCCAGGCACACAGACCACUUCUGCCCAUUGGAGUGGUCUGUGUGCCAACUCCCAUCACCCUUGACCCUUCAAGUGUAAUUAUUGCAGUUUUUAUAAACUGCAAUAAUUACCCUGCAGGGUUAAGACCUCCUCUAGUGGCUAUCAGACAACCACUAGAGGGACUUCCGGGUUCUUAAGACACGAAAAGUGUUUUAAACAACGCUGGACGUCCUCACGCUAUGCAUGAGGACCUCCAGCGUCACCGGAAUCUCCAUAGGAAAGAAUUAUUCAAUGCUUUCCUAUGGGGAGGUCUAAUGUGCUCGUGCGCAGCCGUUGACACACAUGCGCAUUAGGUCUCCCACGUCGGCUGACGCCAUGCCUUACCCAGCGCCUAGGGAUAUCGGUGCUGGAUUCAGGUAAGUCACUGAAGGGGUUUUAAUCCCUUCAGUAACAUGGGAUGGGGGGUAGGAGGGAGAGGGGCACUGCAGAAUUUAGCAGUGCCUGGAAAAACGGGUUUGUUUUCCUGGCACUGGAGAGUCCCUUUAAUUUGCAUAAGCUCACCCAGAGUCCCUUGCAGAAGUAAAAUCACUGCAAAUUUGAGAUUAAUAUGGGAAAAGAAAGUCUUAUGAUUAGCCUCCUGUGUGUUUAACAAUGUACUGAGUGUGUUUGUAUGUGUGUGUGUGUAUAUGUAUGUAUAUAGAUAGAUAUAGAGAUAUAUAUAUAUAUAUAUAUAUAUAUAUAUAUACACACGCACAUACAUACACUCAAGUAGACAUAUGCAUACAUUGAUCAGCCACAUUAAAAUCACUCACAGCUGAAGUAAAUUACAUUGAUUAUAUCAUUACAAUUGCACCUGUAUAAUUAGACAGCAAGUGAACAGUCAAUCCUUGUAUAUAGGCAAGCGAAAAGAUCUGAGUCAUUUUGACAAGGGCCAAAUAGUGAUUGCUAGACAACUGUCAGAGCAUCUCCUAAACAGCAAAUCUUGUGGGAUGUUCCAGGUAUGCAGUGGUUACUACCUAGCAAAGGUGAUGCAAGGAAGGAUAACCAGGGUCAUAGGUGCCCAAGGCACAUUGAUGCAUGUGGGUAGUGAUGAUACAGAAGAGCUACGGAAGCUUAGAUUGCUGAAAAACUUACUGCUAGCCAUAAUAGAAAGGUGUUGGAAUACAGUGCAUCGCAGUUUUCUCCAUAGCUUUAUAUUGUCAAAGUGCCAAUUAUGACACUGUCCAUUGCCAAAGCGCUUUCAAUGGGGACAUGAGCGUCAGAACUAAACCAUGGCGCAAUGGAAUAUUGUUGCCUGGUCUGACAAAUCACAUUUUAUUUUCGAUCAGGUGGAUGGCUGUGUGCAUCAUUUUAACUAUGGAAGAGUUGACAGCAGGAUGAACUUUGGGAAGAAGGCUGGUUUAGACAGUGGUAUGCUCUGAACAAUGUUCUGCUGGGAAACCUUGGGUCCUGGUAUACAUGUGGAUGUUACUUUGACAUGUACCACCUACCUAGUGUUGCAGAUCAUGUACACCCCUUCAUGGCAGUGGUGAUCCCUUAGAGCAGUGGCCUCUUUCGGCACAAUAUUGUACCCUGCCACAAUGCAAAGAUUGUUCAGGGAUGGUUUGAGGAACAUAACAAAUAGUUCAAGGUGUAGGAAUUGGCCUCCAAAUUCUCCAGAUCUCAAUUCGACUGAGUGUCUGUGGGAUGUGCUGUAACAACAAAUCCAAUCCCUGAAGGCUCCAUCUCGCAUCUUGCAGGACCUAAAGAAUCUGUUGCUAAUGUCUUGGUGCCAGAUAUCACAGGACAUGUUCAGGGAUCUUGUGGAGUCCAUGACUUGAUGCAUCAGUGCUGUUUUGGCUGCACAACGGGAUCUACGUGAUAUUAGGCAGGUGAUAUAGUGUUGUGGCUGAUCAGUGUAUAUUAUUAGACACAAUAACCUAAUCUCAGAAGGGCUCCUGAGAACUUUAGUCAUCGAUACUGUAGUCCCUAACACACAGCAUUUCAUAGACUGUAUUACCCUAAACACUGCAAGGUACACCUGUGAUCCUUAGUCUAUUCAUCACCCCACCUAUAUCUUCAAUAGUCUUUUUGCCAAUUGAUGUUAGAUGUUUUUCUAUUUUUGUGCUAAAAUUUUAUUUAUAGUAUUUAACAUUUGAAUCCAAGUGCUUGAAAGGCAAAGCCAAAGUUUAUCGAGACUAAGGGCUUUUUUUAGGAUGCAACUUGGCACUGCAUAUAUUACAAGUUGGAUUAUAUAAAUAACAUGGCUGCAGCUUAGUUCUGUCCAUCAACAUGCAGUUUGAAGAAAAAAAAAAAAAAAAAUGUUUGCUUACUACAGAGAAAAAGUCUUUAUCACAGAGGUCAACUGAUCAACAUCAGUGUGCAACUUACACAACUUUAUUUCAGAAUUUAAGGAGUAAUACAUUUGUUGAAUUCUUGUUUCAAACCUUGCAUGAUGUUUCAGUAGUGUGAGUAGAAUAGUAUUGGAUGGUGUCAAAUGGUUCCUCCAAAUCAUGACCGUUUACUUUGCUUUUAGUCUAUCUUGAUAUAAUAUUUCAUUUCUCCAGCCAGACACAGAGCUGUGGACUGGGUGGAAAAUAGAUGUCCUAGCUAAAGCAGACCGAGAGAGUGGCGAGUUCUUCUGUUGUCUGAUCUCCUCCUGUUCUUCCACCCGCAUCCAAAAUUAGUAUUUCAUAUACUAAGACAAACUAGGGACUACUUCAUAUUUUCCCUACGCUUGACAAAGGGUAGCGAUACCUUUUGUCAACUACUCAGCCCUUGGCGGAGGGGAAUAUGGCUUUGUCUAUAGAGGGUUUCGCGGGAUCUUCUGUUGACGUCUAUAUUGUACUCUUGUGUAUGCACUAGAGUGCAAAUAUGAAAAAUACCAGAAUAGGCUGCAAACUAGGUGUAACGUGGUUGUGCUCUAAAUGUUAAAAAUAUACACUAAACUUAAAGGACCACUCUAGGCACCCAGACCACUUCAGCUUAAUGAAGUGGUCUGGGUGCCAGGUCCUUCUAGGGUUAACCCAUUUUUUUUAUAAACAUAGCAGUUUCAGAGAAACUGCUAUGUUUAUGAAUGGAUUAAGCCUUCCCCUAUUUCCUCUAGCGGCUGUCUCAUUGACAGCCGCUAGAGGCGCUUGCGUGCUUCUCACUGUGAUUUUCACAGUGAGAGCAUAGCGUCCAUAGGAAAGCAUUGUAAAUGCUUUCCUAUGCGACUAACUGAAUCUUGUAGCGCAGCUAUUCAGCCCAGGAGGAGGAGGAGGAGGAGAGCUCCCCGCCCAGCGCUGGAAAAAGGUAAGUUUUAACCCCUUUCCCCUUUCCAGAGCCGGGCGGGAGGGGGUCCCUGAGGGUGGGGGCACCCUCAGGGCACUAUAGUGCCAGGAAAACAAGUAUGUUUUCCUGGCACUAUAGUGGUCCUUUAAACACACAAAACGUCUAAAGCACUUCUGUAUACUGAAAUGCUUAAAGUAUUAAUUGCCUAUCCCUUCCGGCUUAUUUGAUAAAUCCCCUUGGUAACACCUCUCAGCUGUCAGGGAGCCAAAACUGUUACCUGCCUCACUCGCUUUGAAUUGCACUUCGAAGCAGAAGUGAGUUCUUCUAUAGGAAGCCUUUUUGACAGAUCCCGGUGAUGGCUGUGCAUGCAUCAGUUAUCCCAGUGCUUCAGAGAAGGAUUGGAGUUGCAGUGAGAAGAUUCAUCUGGUGCUACAGUAAAGCAGAGUUUAAUUCAUUUUAACACUUUCCUUGCUGUAAUGGGUGCAUCUUUUAAGGAUCUUUUAAUCUGAAGUACAUUUGUUACUUAGUUUUUAUUUAUUUUUUGGGAGGGGGGUGUGGAAGGGGGGUAAUUUAUUUUUGAUAAUUACUCAUUAAAAAGUAGGAACAGCUUUUGGCAAGGUUCAUUUCAGCUGCCUAGCAAAUUUAGCCACAAUCCAUUAAUCAAUCUCACAGAAGUGCAAUCUGCAGACUUCAUGAACAGAACAUAAUAGAAGAACCUGGAUCUUGAGAUCUGGUGCAAGGAUUGAAAAACAAAGUAUGUGUGUAUCAUAUACAAAGAACAUAACAGAAUGCCACAAUUAAAAUAAAGUUUAGUGCUGCUUUAAUUUCUGAUAUUCAUUGUUUCUAAAACUGUUGUAGCUGAAUUAUUUAUUUUAAAAUUUUGCACCGUUGGCAUUGCACAAACUGGUUUAGGGAUAAACAUUUUUCUCAGGUGCAAUGCGUUUUGUGAAUAAUAUGCUUGCACAGUUGUUCUCAACUUCUGCUAAUGUAUAGGUGUACUGGGACUGUACUUUUAUAGCAUUUAAUCCAUAGAUAUCUAAGAGUCGAAGAGAAGCUCGAGCAUUCGUCUUUAAGCCGGUCAUGCAAUAUCAUGGCAGUAGUGCAAUAUUUUGUUAAUUUUAACUGGCAAGAUCACUUUAGUAGCAGGAGAUUUUUUUUUUUGCCUUCCCAAAUAGUGUCACUUGCCUCUCUCUCUUCGUGGAUUUAGCUAAAGCUGGCUUUCCCCUUGUGCAUUUAAUAUUUGAAUUCUCCCCAAAGAUGAUCAGAUUUAUUACUGCUAAUGUGGAAAGGGAAGUUCAACUUUUGCAAUAUUUAUAAAGGGGGGCGUACCAUGGUGGCUGGGGGGUCCAGGUAAGAGAUACGUUUUAGAAAACAUUAAAAAAGAAAAUCAACAGUAUGGCUCCUUACCAUAGGGUGGUGUGCAGGAAUCCUUGCACCACAACAGCUCAUUAUACCGGUAAUGAUCAUUUUGGGAUUCUUGGAGUGGUUUGACAAAAAUGCAUGCCAGCGCUACACAGUAAAACUAACAGAUACUGUUAUGGCAAAUGUACAUAAAAUGGCUGCAGGUGAAGUUGGGAACUUAUUUAAUAGUUUUUGCAUUUUAUUGCUUGUGAAUUAAAUUUACAGCUAACAAUCUGACAAUGCCCGUUUGAACGUUGUUUGAUCUGGCUUGCAUGAGAGAAUGCAUCCUGCACUGUCAUGUCUAAAAUACUCAAGUAUCAGACAAGUCUUUAUCUAGUGGCAGUAAGAGAAUGACACCCAACAUCAUGGAAACUUUUUUAUUUAUUUUUACUACAGGCUUUUUUAAUGCAAACAUGACUUUGUUUGUAAGCAGAGAAUUCGUAAUUUUGCUUUCAUUCAAAAUGAAAUACUAUGGGUCCAGGCACUCCUUGGUUCAUGACAGGCACUUUAAAGAGUCAGUUUUUUUAAAGUGCCUGUCUUGAACCAAGGAGUGCCUGGACCCCUAUUAUUUUACUAAUGUUUGGAAAUAUGGUGUUUGAUUCCAGCUCAGCAAGCACCCUGGCUCAGAUUUGUGGGAGUGAGUGCAGUUCCACAUAUACUAUUCAAAAUUAAAUACUGCCAUGUUGCCGAGUCAGAGAAACACAAUUCGUAAUGUAGCGGCUUCAAGGAUUUAUUGGCACUGCAAAACUUUGAAAAAAGACCAAAUAUACAUUGGCAGUGCAGUAGACUUCCAAAUCUCAGCAUAUUCAUUUGUAACAUAAAUGUACCAUUUCCCCUCCACCUGUAUUUCAUAGUGGACAUGCUAUCACUGAAUUUCACUGUGCAAAGAAAUUUGUAGCUGUGUUUUUAAACAGUGUCCUGUAUCAUUUUCCCAAAUUUGAUAUUUUGGUGAAUAAGAGUUUUAAUGUUGACGUUUACAUCCUUUUGUGAUUUCAUAUAUAGGUGUAGUUAACGGAAUAGAACAGACUAAGUCAUUCAUAUUCUAAACCUUAACCUCCAAAUAUCUUCUCACAGCUGUUAAUAAGGACUGAAAAAAAUGGCUACGAUCCAAAACAGAGUCCAUCCAUGAAGAAGACCAGGAGGCCAAACUCAGAAGCUCAGGAAGCAAAAUCCAAACGCAGGCGGAGUGACUCCUCUAAAGUAAGAGCCACAUUGCGCUCGUGUGAGCUUCAAAGUUCACUUUCCUAUAGUUUAACCUAGAGACUUGCUUGGCUUUCUGGACUGAUCUUUAACCAUGUUUAAAAGAACACUCCUACCCCCAUAAUGCUGUAACCUCAUCUAAAUUAACUUAAGUUAUGGGGUGGAAGUGUCCCUUUGUUAUUGAUAUAAUCCAAUGUUAAUAUUCCUGUAAUCUUAUGUAAGUUUUAAUAAACUUCAAAGGUAUACAUUAAAGGAUUACUUCAAGCACCAUGACCACUUCAGUGAGUAGAAGUGGUCGUCGUGCAGGCACCGUCUGACGUUUCAGUAUGAUCUGCUGCACUUACAGAGAGGUAUGCAAUUUUCCUGGCUGGGGUGUACCUCCAUUUUCAGGAGCGUCAAUCGGCACGGAACAAGAGUUCUAGGCUGGCCAGUGUCUGUUUUGUGCCUAUUCUAGGUACUGAAGGUCAGUUUUUGGCUGAACAGUGUAAGCUAAUAUUCUUGGCAACUGCCUAACACCAUGUGGAAUUGAAGCCCUCACUAAAGACUACCAAUAAACUGUGUAAAAAUUGGUGUGGGUCUUAAAUUAUAACCUUUAUUAAAUCUUAAUAAAAAUAAAUCUCCAAAAUUCCAUAUUCAGAAAACUUCUCUUUUUAUCAAUUGUCCAAUAUUACAAGUUGAAAGGUAAGGCCGAGGCCGGAAGGUAAGAUCAAGCGAUCUCCCCUGCAGGCCCAUGCAGGGCAGUACCGGCCCCAAGAUGGAGUUUUGUCCAAUCAAUGGCCGGUCAAGCUCGCGAGCUCAGAGAUUAUCAGAGCGUUGCCGGACCACCAGAUAUCUGCAUGCUUCCUCUCUCCCCUGCAAAGUUAUAAAAUGUAGUAAAUGGGAAUUUUUUUUUUUUUUUUACAUUUAUUAAAAUAUUAAUUUAAGCCCAUAUCUAAUCUAUAUAUAUAUAUAUAUAUAUAUAUAUAUAUACACACCUACUAGACACACUGCACCCCCUGUGUGGCAAUGGUGGUGACAUUACAUUUCCCCUUUCUGGCCCCGCCCCUCCUAGUGGGCUGCGCUGCCUUUAAUUGCCUGGGCUGACAUUUUGUCCCAGUCCGGCCCUGACGAAGCCUAUUAUAAAUACAGUCAGUCGUCAUUGUCCAUUGCUCAUCUAUAUUAUGUGAGACCUCGCACUUCAUCCAGCAUCUGUCAAUAAAAUCCUAAAGAGAUUACUCACUGCAUCUUAUUGUAGUGUUGCAAAACUGUCCCUUCUUAUUUGGAUUUGCGUUCCCUAAAUGAGUCCCCAUUUUCUUGAUUUUCAUAUAAAUGUCUGGUGUCUAACCUCUACCCACUGAAUCGAUAGAGAAUUCAGUUUGUCAGUUUUUUCACUUGCUGGCUCUGUGCUGUGUGGGCACAAUCUGCCUGCCUCAAUGUACUCACACACUGUGCACUAAGAUCCUGCAAAUGAAAGAGGCUUACUUGGAGAACAGUGCAUGCUCACAUAUGCAAUUAAUUGGAUGUGUGAAUGGAGAAGCUAUUAUGUCAUCAAUGGUUUGGAGCCAGUUUGAUUUAUCUUUUUAAAUUCUGUUUAUAAAAAAAAAAAAAAAAAACAACCUACAUUUAUAUCGCAAAGUGCUUUUGAGUUUAAAAAACUUGAAACCGGGGCAGCAAAACAACAACAUGGCACUAGCAUAAUUCUCUGAGCAGAAACAAAAAAAACGAAAGGUAAUGGGAACACAAAGUUCCCAUUUAAAUGAGUGGAAGACGGGUCGCCAGGUGUAGGAAUUCCAAAUCCAGUAAUAAAACAAAAUAAAUAGAAAUAACGCCACUGCAAGCGCUCAAUAUCCACAGUUGGUUUAAUCGGCACACAAAAAAGGGAACAGACGGAGGGAAAGGUCACACCAAACACCCAACAUGUAACCUCCUGUGGAUUUUGAGUGCUUGCUGUUGAGUUGUUUCUAUUUUUUAUUUGUGCUUUUGAAUUGAUCCAUGUUGUUGAAAACCUGGCAGCUAAUUAUCUUAUUUAAUUUUAAUUUUUUUUCAGUCAAGGUAGAACAUGUUCUCUGGUAUUCAUCCAGUCUGUUAAAUAUUUUGUCCCAAUAGGGAUAUGCAAUUUCAGAUAAUGUAAACCUGUGUUUGGAUCAGCCUUCAUAUUGUAACAUGCCUUAACAUGCGUCAAGGCAGAAUAUAGAAGUAAAUCUGCACAAACACUUGUUUCCUAUAAGUUAAACCCACUUCAUCCUUUUGAAAAGUAAUUUAGGAAAAAAGUGGAUUUUUUUGCCACUUAAAGCAGCUCUGUCACUUUGAGUAUUUUAUUCUUUAUUAAAUUCUCAUAUUGAAAUUACAAUGCAAUCAAAAAGGUCUAAGACAAAAUAGGGAGCCACGUUGUCUUAUGGUCCAAGCCUAAAUUGACAGAACUUGACAAAUGGUGGAGCAUCAGCCUUCAUGUUUUGUCACUUGCCACAAGAAUCCCUUUCACCUUAUGUGAGUGAAUAGUCUAUCGUUAGUCUAUGGAUGGUCUCUCUUGGGUUUUCCCUCAGAUCUGUGUUUUACUUUUGUGUUUGGGUGAGAGCACCACAUUGGUAGAUUAAGGAAGAGUUUAGGUGUCUAUAUUUAGCUUCAGCUUUUCCCCUUGGCUGCAGCAAUACAAGCGGACAUGUCACCCUUGGGUGUCUGUACAAAAUAUGCAAACAUUCCUAAAGAUGACAUAAAUGGGAUCAAAACAAUAUCCAAUAAUUUUAUAUACACAAGUUUUAUUUCUUUAUGUAAAUGUAUAGUAAGUUUUGAUCAGUAACGUAUCCUGAUACCGAUUUUAAGUUUCUAACCUUUCAGUGUUUUAAUGUUAGGCAAUGCAAUGAAAAGCUGCCUUGUGAUAACAAUAUGUAUGUUGUUUUAAGGUGAAACUAACAAGAAUUCCUAUUUAGAAGAUGGGGAGGUUUCUCCCAUUUUUGUUAAUGGAAACCUAUAACAUGUAAUAAAAUUAAUCCUCUAUUUUGAGGGCCUUUCAAUUGCUGGAAAUCUCCAGAAUCUGAGGUUUGUGAGACCUCGGCUAAUCCUCACACUGCUCAUACAUCAUUGCACUUUUUUUCUCUAAUUUCUAAUCUAAAUACAUUUGAAAGAAAUAGGUUUGUGCUAAUAAGUUCUUGGACUGAAUUUGGUGUCCUGUUACUUUGUUAGUUUUUUAUUAGAAGAAUAGUUUAUACUCGCCUUCCCAAAGGAAUAACAUUAUUUGGUGGCUGGUGAAGGCAUAUUUACCCCACCCAGCUUAUUUAUAUCACAGUAAUUAAAAUGUCCUAUCACCAAAAAGUAUUUCAAUCAAAUAUAUUUGCGUUUCUUAUUGGGGGGGGGGGGGGGAGGAAAGAGGUGUGUGUGUGUGUGUAUAUAUAUAUAUAUAUAUAUAUAUAUAUAAUAUUUAUAUUUAAAGUGCUAUUCUAAAGACAAAAAAACAUGCAGAUAAAUAGGGUCAACCUAAGGCAAGUUUAUAUUUAAUUUAUGAUCUCCAACAUUGUAUAUAUUUAAUGUAGUUCAUCCUUCCAAACGUUUGCGUCAUCUCAAGAUGCUUUGGCCUAUGGACACUAUAUUUGUAGUAUUUAAACCACCAUGCAGGGGAAAUGCAAAUAAAAGCUAGUCAUGCACACACGUUUCAGGAUCAAACAGUUGUGGUGGCUAUGAUGUGCUGCUGUGGGUGGUCCAUACCAGCUAUAUUAAAGGGACACUCAAAGCACUAUAAACAUUUCAGCCUGCUGUAGUGGUAUGAUGCUAGUAUGCCCCCACACUUUCGAGUGAUUUAAGACAAACCGUGGUGCCUCCAGGACAAAACCCAGACCAAAAACCAGCAGUCCAUAUUGAUUAGACGUUCAGAGGCCAAUUGGAACUUCACGAAUAAACCCAUGUAUGCUUUAACUUAAUUUAGUUUUUAGACCUCAAUAACUAUUUGUAAACAGUCAAGCUUUUUUUCUCUAGCCAAUAAGCAGAUCUUAGAUAGGCAGACUAAAUAUAAUUGUAAAUCUUUGAAAGUUGUCUGUAUUGAACUUGAAUAUUUUGUUUACAAUGAGCAGAUCUCACUCUUGUCUUCAUUUGUUUCACAAUAAGCAAAACAAAUGUGGAAAGCUUAUUAUUAAUUCUUGUAUUGAUGCCGAAUGUUGGUUCUUCUUAGUACUUCCUAUUAUUUUUUUUAUUUACUCAUUUAUUUAUUUUUUGCAUUACUAAUGCUUGCAACGUACUAAUGUUGUGUCUAAUGUUACCUUUUUUUUCCUUCUAGUCUCUAGGUGGUGAUUGUGAAGCUGCUAAUUUAUCUCCUAAUCAGAAACCUCAUAUAUGUGAACACUGCAAUUCUGCUUUUAGGAGUUCCUAUCAUCUGCGUAGGCAUGUGCUCAUACAUACAGGUAUGUCAAUAUCUAUCUGAAAUCAGUGGUGUAUCCUGGUUUUGUGCUGCCCUAGGCAGGACAAAACUCAGGCACCCCCCCCCCCGCGCCACCCCCACCCGCGCAACCGCCACCCAACCUUCCCCCCUGCUCCGCCUUCUAAAUACACACACAUUCACUGACAGAUACGCAUUCACUAGCUAACAGAAACACACAGUCACUAACAGACACACACUCACACACUCACUAACAGACACACACACUCACUAACAGACACACACACUCACUAACAGACACACACACUACAGACACACACACUAACAGACACACACACACUAACAGACACACACACACUAACAAGACACACACACACUAACAGACACACACACACUAACAGACACACACACACACUAACACACACACACUAACAGACACACACUAACAGACACACACCAAACAGACACACACUAACAGACACACACUAACAGACACACUAACAGACACACACACUAACAUAAACACACUAACACUAACAUACACACACUAACAUACACACACUUACAUACACAUACUAACAUACACACUAACAGACAUCCACACACUCACUAGUGUUUUUAUUUUUUAUUUUUUAUUUAACCCCCCCCCAGCCUCCUUACCUUUGGUAAUGCUGGGGGGGGUUCUUCCUCUCCCUGGGGUCCAGUGGCUGCAGGGCGGGCGGCCGCCGAGGGAGCUCUUCCCCUGAGCGCUCUGCUCAGCUCCCUCGCCCGCCGCCAGCAGAGUGAGGCUGGGAGCCGGAAUAUGACGUCAUCAACCCGGCUCCCAGCCUCACUCUGCUGGCGGCGCGCGAGGGAGCUGAGCAGAGCGCUCAGGGGAAGAGCUCCCUCGCCGGCCGGCCGCCUGCCCGCCCGCCCAGCGCUGCAGCCACUGCCGCCCAGAAUGUCUGUUUAGCCGCGAGGCUAACAAGACAUUUGCCUUGGGCAUUUGGGGGGCGGCGUUUUGCCGCCCCCUGAAAAAUGCCGCCCAAGGCAAAUGCCUUGUUUGCCUCGCGGCUAAUACGCCCCUGUCUCAAAUCGUGUCUUUAUAUUCAGUAGUAAAACCUAUGCAAUCUUUAACACGAAAGCUUAUAAUGAGGUAUAGUCUGCUUAAGAGUGAAAGAAGAGCUCUUCUUUAUGGCAAUGCUUUAACGGAGUCUAUACAUUGCAUUUGUAAAAGUAUAAAUUAAAAAUUGUAUUUCCAUCUAGUUUAUAUUUUUGUACACUAAUGGAUGCUCACGCACUCUACUGCACUUUGUCAUCUUUUUAUAAAUGUGCUUGCUCCCAUAAUGCAGAGUGCAUCAUUUCGCUGACACGCUAAUGAUUUUACAAUGUAAACAUCUGAAUAAAGCACAUUUUAUUGUUCAGUAACUGAACUUUGAUGAGAUCUGAUACUUGCAUAUAGAAAUAAAAUGGAAUUUCUGGAUUUGCAAGCAAUUUUACUUUAAUGAUUACAUUUUGCAUAGCAAGUGUCCUUCUGUUGGAGCAAAGCAAACUAAGUAUCUUUAAAGAAAAACUCCAAUCACCAUAACCACUACAGCUCACUGUAGUGAUUAUGGUGCCAGGAAUGUUCUGACAACUUCCCACAGUAAGAUUUUAAACCGUUUUUAGUGUGGUUUGACAACAUGAUGGAUCCUGUUGAGUGGCCACAACACCUGUAUCUGGUUUUCUCCAGGUCUAGUGGGAGCAGUGUUUGAAGUACUCCUUUAAAAUACCAUUUAAGAGUUUCUAACUCCUAUUUAGUUAUGAGUUUAUUGAAUAUCAAAUGUAACAAAAGCAACAUUUUUGUGCAUGGCAUUAGCCACAUGCAUUAUUUAAAGUAACUAGCAAGUGGCAAUAUUUUUGUUUCAAUGUAGAGAACAAAAGGAACUCUGAUUCCAUUUUUGCCGUGUUAAAGCAUCUUCAUUUAAAUUAUUUAGACAUUAAAACAAGGUGUAAAUAGUAGCAAAUAGAACACCGCUUCCCUAUUCAAAGAAUCUGUUAAAACAUUGCUCACCCGCUCUUACAGAAGUACUGGAAAAGUUUAUUCCAAAACUGAAAGGUAUUGUUUUAUGGUAUUCCAUUUUUCAUUGAAGUAUGUUAACAGGUAACAAAAAUAACCAGCUUUUCUUCAAGGCUUACAUAGGCUAAUGCACAGUAUUAUGCUUCACUGGUAAGAUGGCCUUUUUUACAGCUCAUUAUGCUAAAUCUUGGCAGUUGGCUGACCUCAAGUACAAUUGACACAGCAACUGAAGCAAACAAACCUCAAGAAGUAAGGAUCAGAUUAACUAGAACAUACUGAAAAAGAAACAUCCAGCAUUGGGAUAAAAAAAUCAUGACAUUUGAGAAAAAAAAAAGUAUAUUGAACACACACAAACUGCUUUAAUGGGAUUUUAAAUCGAAGCACCAUUGUGCUGUAGUGGUCAUGUUACCAGCAGCCCCCUGUGCUGUCCCUUGAUAAGACGUCAGACUGUUUUCAAAGUUUCAGCUAGCACUUUCAGCCAGUGCAUAAUGUCCAAAUAGGGAGAAAAAUUUUAGCAUUGUCACAGAAGACUGGAAAGACCGGAGGUCCCAAAGAUACCCAGGGAAAAUUUUAGACCCUUUGAAAAUGAUUUGACUUCUUACUAUUGGAGAGCUCAAGAUAACUUCUGUUACCUUAGCCAUUAUAGUAGACCCCUGAAAUAAUUCUGUGUUAAGCAACUCACAAAGAUGAAAAUGGGUGCUGGGUGCUCCAUUCGCCAUUACCUUUGCAGUUAUGUCUGGUGUUAUGGUGCCUGGGGCAAUAUUAAAACUAUGGGAUUUGUACUAAAUAAGCUUGGGAUCUACAUUCUGGUGAGAAUGUUAUACAGUAUAUCAUAAUUAGGCAACUUGCUUUCAAUUCUUCACCGUGCUUUUGUAGAAACAUAGAAUGUGACGGCAGAUAAGAACCAUUCGGCCCAUCUAGUCUGCCCAAUUUUCUAAAUAAUUUCAUUAGUCCCUGGCCUUAUCUUAUAGUUAGGCCUUAUGCCUAUCCCACGCAUGCUUAAACUCCUUUACUGUGUUAACCUCUACCACUUCAGCUGGAAGGCUAUUCCAUGCUUCCACUACCCUCUCAGUAAAGUAAUACUUUUGUAACUAGUUAUUCUCAAGAGAGAUUAUUCUUUCUUUUUUUUUUUUAUUAUUAUUAUUAAAUUGGAUAGUGAUAAUUUAUGCCUUUUUUGUAGUUUUUCAUAAUUUCAAGUCCACCAGGCACACCACUAGUGUUGUGAACAAACUUGGGAAUAUGGGGCCAUGAAAAACAAAGGCCAGUUUAUUUUCAGAGCUGGGAUUUUUAGAUUUAGUAGCAGAGCAGAGAACCAUUUAUUACAGACAUUCUCACUUUAAAGGUUCAGCAUUUUCUACCAAGCCAUAAAUUGCUUAGUCAUGGAUUAAUCUGUGGCCGGGAAUUUAAUCCUCAAAGUAGCGCCAAUAAAACUUUUUUGUGUUUUUUUUCUUCAAAAUAGUUAUUGCACCAUAGUAUACUUCGUUUGCACAUUACAUUGAUACACUUUUGGCAUUGUUAAUUUACAACCUGUCAUCGAAUUUCACAACAUGGCAAAACGUUUUUACAUCAAAAUCUAUUUUCUCUUUUCCAUCAGGUGAAAGACCUUUUCAAUGCAGCCAGUGCAACAUGAGUUUCAUUCAGAAGUAUUUGCUGCAACGGCACGAAAAAAUUCACAGCGGUAUGUAUAUAUCAUCAUGAUUACCAUUUUGCUUAUUAAAUAACAGACAAAACAACUUUCCAUUAUUUGAGUUAAGAAUGCUUAAGCCGUCAUUUGUCUUCCUUCCAGUGGAAAAAUGUGCCACACAGAGUCAUAAAAAUUUAACUUUUACCUUUUAAUGGCUGUGUUAAUUAUAAGUGCUGCUCCACAUACCCUGCUGAAAAUAACUAAAUAUAACUUUGGGAGCAUCAUCUCCAUUACUUUGAAAUAUGCAAAUCGUUCACAGAAAUUAUUUAAAGCAGCAUUCCUUGGCUGCUGAAAGGGACACUAUAGGCACCUAGACCACUUUUUCUCAUUGGUGUGGUCUGGGUGCAAUGUAAAAUAUGCAGUGUUGAAGAAACUACAAGAGGCACUUCUUGGAGUCUCACAGAGGCUCUCCCAUGGGGAACGCCUUAUGCGCUCACCAUGCAUGCGCAUCGAUUCCCCCAAAUCAGAUUAUGUCAGUGGACUCAGACCACGACCAUGGAAUCAGGUGAGUAAGUAAGGGUUAUUUGAAGGGCUGUGGAACAAGUUAGUGUUUGGAAUACGUCUUUGUUUUCCCUAACACUAAAGUGUUCCUUUAACCACACGUUUCUCGUAAAGAACAUGCCUUUGAAAAGGGUCCUCUGACUGUUUCUCGUUUUGGAGCAUAUUUAUUCAAUUGUUUGCACAAUCUGCUUCUGCAGUGCUGGUCUCUUCAUACACUGAUUGUAGCACAGCUGUCGUCUUUAAGGAAGUGAGAAGCACUUGUCUAAGUGCCUCCUAUUUUCCUGAAUGAGAAACAUUAGCACAGGAGUGCUUUCAUUGUAAAAAGUACAAAUACAAUUUAGUCUUUAUCUUUCCUAUUGGAAGAGGGAAAUGUGUUGGUGUAGAUAAUCUGUGUUGUUUUCUUUGCAUGUUUGGUUUUUAAAUAACCAAUGCCUCCUUUACUUGGAUACACUGAGAUUAACUUUAAUCUUUGACGUGGUCUAGACAUUUUAAGCAACAUAAAUUCUUAGUGAGUGUAUAUUUUCAUUCUGUGUACAUGAUUGUCUAGUGGAAUUCUCUUAAUUGUAAAUUAUUUUAUAGGGGAAAAGCCUUUUAACUGUGAUCAGUGUAACAUGAAGUUUAUCCAGAAGUACCAUAUGGAGCGACACAAGCGAACACACAGUGGAGAAAAGCCAUAUAAAUGUGAUACAUGUCAGCAGGUAAACAAAUAUUCUCCUUAACAGCCUUGGAACCAUUCAAUUAGAAAAAUAAUUGUGAUCGAAUUUGGCACAUACGUUCUAUAAGUAAUUCACAAACAAAACCAGUCCCUUGUUUACAUAACCAAAAAAACAAACACGAGUCCUGCGCAUCCAGUAUAGGUGUGCGCAUCCAGGUGCUACCACAAUUUAUUUGAGGACAAAGUUAAAACCGCAAAUGUUUCGAGCAGCAGCCGUUUCCCAAUGCUAAUGUCCUACAGUAAAUGCAAGAUAACAACAAUAUAUACAAAAAAUAGUGCUUACAUAACCCAAAAGUGCCACCCCCAGGUAAUCAAAUCUAGAAGCAGGAUCAGAUGUGCAGUGCAUUCCAUCACUCUGGCAUGUUUGAUGAUUCCAAUCAGUUACUGGAUCGUCAGAAAUGUGCGUGAUAAAGUCAUCACAUUCCAAAAAAAAAAAUAACUUUUUUAAGUCUGGAAAUAAUAGCAAGACAGCAAUUAAAGCUAUCAAACAACACAAACAUCAGCAAGUGGAGAAAAAACACUUCUGGUUACAACUACAUGUCUGUUCAUCCACCCGUUGUAAAGCGCUGCGGAAUUUGACGGCGCUCUAUAAAUAUCAUAAUAAUAAUGACCAUCAAAGUAAUCAAAGCAACAUUCAUUACUAUAAUAAAUACUUGAGCACAUAUACAUUCCUAAAUCAUUUUUAUAAAAAUAAAAUUAAGUUUAUGCUGCAAUCUAAGACAUAUUUACAUGUACAAUAUACAUGUGGAGAGCAGUAAUAACUUCACAGAUUACCCAACCAGUGAAGUGUAUAAUACAGUAUAGAAAUAACCAUUAAGUAGAAGAAAAAAAAAAUAUAUAUAUAUAUGUGUGUGUGUAUGUAUGUAUAUAUAUACACACACACACACACACACCCUCUCUCUCUCUCUCUCUCUCUCUCUCUCUCUCUCUCUCUCUCUCUCUCUCUCACCCUCUCACCCUCUCACUAUCUCUCUCUCUCUCUCUCUCUCUCUCUCACCCUCACCCUCUCACCCUCUCACCCUCUCACUAUCUUGUGGGGGUGAAAAACAGAGUGCCAUUCCAGAUGUUGUAAGUAAGAGGGACUAACUGACUGGAGACAUAGCAAGGUCAUGCAUUAGUAAGAUACAAAAAUUCUAUACAUACCCUGAUCCAAGGAGCAUCCCGGAGCAGGCACAUAGAAGCCCUUUCCAAUAUUUGGUAGUGUAGUUGAGAGGCAUUAUGUCUAUUUUCUUUAAAGUGUUGCGCAACUGGAGUAUCAGAGGUGGGACUGCAAAUUGCAGUUUUGUGCUGAGACACACGAUCUUUUAAGGCCUACAUAGCCAAGCCCGCACGGACACUUGAGAAAGUAAACAACAAAAUCCGUUUGGCAAGUAAAAAACACUUUUAGUUUAAUAUGAUGUCCUGUCCUAGGAUGGGUACAAAGUUCCCCUUUAAUUAUCCCACUGCAAUGAUUGCAGCUCUAACAGGGGUAUGUUCCAUGAACAGGUUAGGAGAUAAACGUCUGUUUCUUUGUGGUCAGAGAGUCAGCCCUAACUACUUAUUUGCAAAUAAUGGUUUUCUUUUUAAAGGACCACUAUAGUGCCCUGAGGAUGCCCCCACCCUCAGGGUCCCCUUCCCACUGGGCUUGAUGGAGAGGAAGGGGUUAAACUUCUUUCUCCAGUGCCGGGCGGGGAGCAAGAGCAAGAGCCGCGCGCGCUUUCAGCCAGUCUCAUAGGAAAGCAUUCACAAUGCUUUCCUAUGGACGCUGGCGUCUUCUCACUGUGAAAAUCACAGUGCGAAGCACGCAAGCGCCUCUAGCGGCUGUCAAGAGACAGCCACUAGAGGCUGGAUUAACCCUAACAUAAACAUAGCAGUUUCUAUGAAACUGCUAUGUUUAUAGAAAAAAGGGUUAACCCUAGCUGGACCUGGCACCCAGACCACUUCAUUAAGCUGAAGUGGUCUGGGUGCCUAUAGUGGUCCUUUAAAGAGAUGUGUUUGUCAGAUUGCAAUAUAAACUAAUUCCUCUGUAUGAUCUUUUGUGUUUGAGGUGUAGGUGGUGAAAAGGUACUUACAAAUGGGAUUCUAUCCUGUUUGGGUCUGUCAGUCGUAGAGAGCAUCUCUUUACGGUUCAUUCCCAGAGCCUUGCGUUUGGCCUUUCGUAAGAGGCGGGGGUGAUGCCCCUUAUCCAGAAUUUUUUAUGAAAAGUCAGUCAGAUGUUCAUUCACUAUGUUGUCAUCACUAACAAUUCGACGAACUCACAGGAACUGGCUGUAUGGGAUAGAACACAUCUGCUUAGGAGCAUGAAAACUAUUCUUAUGUAGCAAACUAUUAGAAUAUGUAGGUUUAGUAUAUAAAUCAGUGCACAGGGAUCCAUCAUGCUUACCAACUAGUACAUCCAAAAAACUAACAGCCACAGUGCUGGUAGUGGUAGUAAACCGGAUGUCCCUUUGGCACUGAUUUAAAAAGGCAAGAAAGGUAUGAAGGUCAGUCUAGGGACCAUGCCAGAGUAAAAAGCAGCCAUCAAUGUACCGUAACCACUUCCUGACAUGCAAAAUAAAAAGCUUGUGCUGGUAAACAAACCGUUCAAAAUCAGUCAUAAAGAGGUUUGCAUACGAAGGAGCCAUAUUGGCCCCCAUCGCGUUGCCUUUAACCUGUUCAUAGACCCUAAGCGUGUUGCCUAGUUCCUAUUAGACUGUUUCUAUUCACAAACUAAUGUCUUGCUCUCCCUUUAGCCUGCUCGGACAUUGGGAGCAGCAUCCUGGCUACUUGCAACGAGGGGACUAUGGUCACUUGUCACUUUGAGAUAAAAUGGAUAAUCUUUGUUGCUGGAAUAUAAUUUCUGCAUUAUAAAUGUGGCUGUACAGGUUACUGAGAUUUGAGUACUAGAGAACCCCUUUUUUUUUUUUUUGGUUUGUUUGUUGUUGUUUUUUUAAUUGCUUUAUCUAAGUGUGAUAAUUGAGUUCAUUUGGGAUGACAUGAACAAAUGGUUACAUAAUGCAGCCAUAAUAGUUGUUUGUAUUAUAUAAAUUAUUUGGUUUUAAUGUAAGCAUGCAGUUUUUUUGUUUGUUUUUUAUUUGUUAGGAUGCAGGUUCCACCUCAUCCACUGAGAUGGAUUACGUUUAUACAAAUAUGCAUGCGUGUCAAAUAGCUUCAGUACAUCAUUCAUAGGUUUUUAUACACAGAGUUGCUUAUACCGUUUAUUUUCCCCUCAAUUCAUCAUUGAGUUAUCCUAACAUGCUUUCUUAUUGAAACACUGCUUAAAUGGUUAUUAGGUUGCUUAACUGCAUCCUAUGGUUUGGCAUGAGCAGCUUUAUAACCCUAGCAUCAAUAAUUGAGUGAAUUUUUUUUUUUUUUUAUUUUUUUUUUAAUACUCAAUAUUGUCAUUAAAAAUAGGCAGUGUAAACAAUGGCAUGGGCCACAAUAGAAAAGAGCUAUGCGAACGGCAUACCCAUAUCAGCAUUGGCCUGGCUGCCACAACCCCAAACACUAAAAAACGCUGAAUUGCUGUACACAACCACGCUUACCCUCUCUAUAUGGGACAGCUACCGGAAACGUAUAUGCAACACUAAUCAAACUUCCCCAUCCCUCUCACUGGAAUCACUGAAACUCCUCAUCCCUGAUUUCAACUACAAAUUCUGGCAGAGAUACGGAAUAAAAACGAUAUCACAACUAAUGCAUGGCUCCCACCUGAAACAACUCUCAGAUCUAAGACUAGAAUUCGCACUGCCCACGACAGCUACAUUCUCCUACAUGUAAUUACAAUCCUGGUUCGACCUACAACCAAAACCCCCCACUAAAGCUGACCCACGCUGGCAAACCAUAGAACAAAUCUGCAUAACAAGCAAACCAGCCAAAAAACUCAUAUCCACGAUCUAUACAUCGGAGCACAGCCAACUCAAACAGCAACACCCCUCCUUCAUAUCAGCGUGGGAAAAGACAUCGGAUACCCCAUCUCUGAGGCCCAAUGGCAAACCAUCUUCAAGGCACAUAAACAAUCUCUGUACGACCCACCUGGAACUAACCUGGAAAAUAUUAUAUAGAUGCUAUAAUGGUCCCUACACACCUUAAACAUAGCUUCCCCACCACGUCCAAUAUCUGCUGGAGAUGCCAAAAAGACAGAGGCACCAUGAUACAUAUAUGGUGGCAAUGCCCGGAGCUCCAACAGUACUGGCAACAAGUAGCAAACCUAACCACCAAAUGCACUAACAUGCAACUACCCUUCGGGCCCGAGACCUUCCUGCUCCUCAUGCUGCCUUAUACACCACAAAAACACCAGAGAUCCCUUGCCUACCACAUCCUCAUCGCCGCACUUACCAUCAUUAGCAGGAAAUGGAAGCAAACCUCCCCCCCCUCCCAAAUUAUCCAGUGUGUCACCGCUCUGGACACAUAAGAUCUACGAAACCAUGGCACGAAGCACGCAACAAGCAACCCCAUUCUGGUCCAUGGCAUGGGACCUCUGGGGAAAACCACAAACCAAACCAAUCCAGAGGUGAAACUUAAACACGCACCACAGACCUAUACCAUUGACCUCCAUGAGGCAACUACCUUUCUACCCCCUAAUGCUCAAACCAACACAAGAUUACGCCCAAUACCCAACUACAAUGACAUUAGCCUUUUCUGUUGAAGUUCUCACACCCUCCCUCCUCCCCAUCCCCCUCCCUACCCUGUCGAGACUUGACAACCACACGAAACACUACCCAUGAGCCAAAACCCCAAGAUCACCUUCUAACGCGAGAUACAUAGAGAGCUGACACACAGCAUCCUGCUACAUACAUCCAAAUGCCAAAUCUAGAGUUAUGUGUUUAAUGUAACCGAUGCACCACAACAAAUGUCUCCGUUCAAGAUGCUGCUAAACUAUUGAACCAAAGCAGGUCUCCCCUUCUCCCCUCGUUUUUCUUCUGUACCCUCACCCCACACACACGGGUACUAAAGCCGCAACGAAUUGCAAUUUCCCCCCUCCCCUUUCUCUUCUGUACCCCGAUGUUUUAAGUUUUAAAGCUGACAAAAAUAAUUGUCAAAUUUCAAAAAAAAAAAAAAAGGAGCAGUACAUAUGCCAACAGAAGAGUGUUACAUUGUCAGGUCAUCAUAAACAAAAGUCUUAAAAUCAAAAUCAGAUUUAUAAUACAUAUCUUAUUAAGAGAAUUUUUAGAGGAAGAGAUUACACCCCCUGGUAUUGGAAUUAUCCCUCAAAUCUGUGCCUCCUGAUACAUGAUUUGAAGAGAUUUGCAUAAAGGGUUUCGGACUAUCUUAUGAACGUGCUGGAUACUAGGGCAGCGAUUAGUUAAAGGGCCUCUCCAGUGCCAGGAAAACAUAUUAGUUUUCCUUGCACUGCAGUGUUCCUCUCCCUCCCGCCCCCAUCCCAUGUUGCUGAAGGGGUUAAAGCCCCUUCAGUGACUUACCAGAGUCCAGCGCCGAUGCCCCUCGGCCCUGGUUCAGGCUCCGCCGACUCUCCUCCCCCAGCAAGGGAGACCUAAUGCGCAUUUGCAGCAAUGGCCACGCACGCGCAUUAGUCGUCCCCAUAAGAAAGCAUUAUUUAAUGCUUAUCUAUGGGGAUUUUGGAGACGCUGGAGGUCCUAGAGGAACAUGGAAGUCUCUCUAGUAGCUGUCUGAUAGAGGAGGACUUAACCCUGCAAAGUAAUUAUUGCAGUUUAUAAAAACUGAAAUAAUUAAAUUUGCAGGGUUAAGGGUGGUGAGAGUUGGCACCUAGACCACUCCAGUGGGCAAAAGUUGUCUGGGUGCUUGGAGUGUCUCUUUAAGAAUGGUCAGACCUUCCUCUCCUCGUUGUAGUUCCCUCCAGCAAGUCAGUGUGAAAAAUGGCUAAUAUACUAGAAUAAUCUGCAGAAAAUGCUAAACUCUGAGAUUUUAAGUGUUUUUUUUUUUUCUCUUUCUCUAAACAGUUCUUCUCAAGAACGGAUAGGCUGCUGAAGCACAAAAGAACAUGUGGUGAAUCUAUCAACAAAGGAUUGAUGGAGCCUGGGUCUUCAAACCCUAAUAUGGAUAAUUUGUCGGGUAACUUUGAUUUAUCUCGGGGAAACUCCAAUUUUUCUGGGCGUAAGAAAGGCAAGUCUAGAAAUGGCUCAGCACACAAGGACCAGAAGCCUGGGAACAAACAUAAUGAGCCUAACAUGGCAUCCAGUCUCAACAUGCAGAAUUACUCGGUGGACCUUCCACUUGUGUCUUCCCUCGGCGGUUCAUCUGAUGCUGGUAUGGAUGACUUGGACACCAAGGUGCCAAAAUUGGUUUUUAAGAAGGUAAACCGGAAGCAUGCAGAUAAAAAUGAUCUGUCUCUAGAUCAUCAAUCCAACAUGGGAAUGCAGAAGCUAUCGGAGAAGACAAAUAGCUCUCUUGAUAUGGUGGGAAGUACUAAUGUAGACACAAUGAGCCUCCUUCAGAGCUCAGGUAACAAAGGUCAUAACAGUAGCAAUUACGAUGAUGCCAUGCAGUUCCUGAAGAAAAGAAGAUAUUUACAGGCUGCUAACAGCAACAAUGCUUAUGCAGUCAAUGUAGGGCACAUGGUGACACAACAGUCUGUCAUUCAGUCAGCGGUCUCCAGUGUUAUGGAUGGGGAGAACCCAUUGACUCUUAUAGAUUCCCAGUCACUGAAUGUCGAUUUAAAGAACUGUCAUGACAAAACGGUCAUUCCGGACGAGGUCCUCCAAAGUAUCUUGGAUCACUACACUCAUAAAUCAGUGGUUCAUCCUGAUGUUCCUUUUAACCUUUCUGACCACCAUAUAGAGAUGCAUACAGCAGGAGACGGCAAUGAUCUAGUGCAAGAGGAAAACGUCUGCUCAGACUCUCAAUCUACGUCAGGCGAUAAAACCAAUAUGUUCCAGGAGUACUCGAAGUACCUACAGCAAGCUUUGGAAAGAACAAGCCAUACAUCAACUUUCCCACUGGGACCCAGUUUUCAGUUUGUAAGCCUUUCUUCAUCUCUCACGAACCCUUCUUUUUUCUCUGAGAAACAAAUUUACACUACAUCUCCUCUUGAGUGUGGAUUUAAUCAGUCUUUAAGUUCAGUAUUGCCUUCCACUAUGCCAAAGUCACAUUUUGGCAUGGUAUUAGGCCCCCAAACAGGCUUUUCAUUGUCCUUGGAGGCAACACAUCAGCAGCUGACUCCAUCUCAAGAGCUGACUGACCAAAUUGACCCACAAAAGACCUUAGACUCCUCCAACUACCAGAUAUCAUCUCAGGAAUUGAACGGGCAGAAAGAUCAGCAAAAGAACCUAGAAUCUUCAGGCUUUCACCUUCAACCUCAGGAGUUGGCCAAUCAGUUGGAACAGCAAAAAGACAGCAGACCACAACAGAUAGAGAACUUUGCACAAGCAUUUGGUUCUCAGUUCAAAUCUGGCAACAGGGUGCCAAUUUCAUUUAACACUACCACUGACGGGGGGGUGGAUCACAGGUUAAGGACUUCAACAUCAGAUUUCUCAGGUUUCUCCAAUUUGCUAUCUGAUGUUAGUGAAGCAGGUAGCACAAGAGUCAAGACUUCAACUAGUCAAAGUUUCAGGUGAGGCUAUGAGUUUAUCCAGGCUUCAGAAGUUGAGGAGGAAAAAAAUAACAUGGUGUAUUUUUAUUUUGAGAACACUGCCAAUAGAAUGUUACUACACAAUCGUAAUAAGAGUAAUGUAACCUAUGCCCUGUCAAUGCAAAGUUUUUUUGUGGGGUGGGGGGGUCUUUUAUUUUGGGGUUGGGUUUCCAUUAUAAAAAUGUGCUGUGAUAGUUCAGCUUGUAUGUAAUUUUAGUCAAAUUAGCGAUUAGUAAAUGGGACAAGGUUUGCCAAAGCAUUUAUUUUGGAGACCUGUUAAACAAUCUUUUUAUGAUAAGCGGAAGGUUGGGAUAACAAGAAAUUCGUGAUUUAUCAAAAGGAAAAAAAAGUUAUUUAAAAAGUGGCAUACACAUUUUAGGACUCAGGAAGGGGCUUUAUUGCUGAGGGCAGAGUGAAAGAGUGACCAUUUAACAGGGAGUAAUUUUCACCUCCCUUACCCCCCCCGCUCCCCCCCCCACUCCAAGUUUUCUUGGAUGACUACAUACCCUCUUAGUAGGUCACGCCUGUAGGCUAUAUUAAAUUAGUUCAGUGAUUAUGUUUCUCGGCAAUAGCUUUAAAUUAACAAACUAUCAAGACUUUUUUUUUUUUUUUUCGUCUGUGCGUACAGUUUUUCUUUGAUAUACCUCAUUUUUAUUGUUCAUGCAACUUUCAGGAACAUGUCUUUCUCAAUAUUGUUUCAUUACAAUAAAAGAAACCAUUGUGUUAAAAUUGUUUUAUAGAAUUGUCUACAAUCUUAUAUAAAAUAUCCACAGAUCAUUUGACUAUGUGCAUUAGAGAAAGUAUUACUUUUAUUGCAUUUGGGCUAGACAAACAUAUUAUGUUUGCCCAAUCUCCCUAGUGUAGGAAGAUUUUUAGAAUAUUUAUAUUUGCAUCAUGUCCAAGGCGGGGAGGGCGGGGGGAAGCAGCAUCUUUCUUAAACAGUGUUCAUUGAAACCCAACAUUUGACUUUUUUUUUUUUUUUUCCUUCUCUCAAAUUCUUAGGAAAAAUGAUGUUAAAUGUGUGUUCUAUAAUGUUAAGUAGCCUUACACUAUAUUGGAACACAAACAUUGCAUCACUAGUGCGAAAUGUGUUAGGAUUUGCCCCCCCCUCCCUCAAUUACGUAAACUCUAAAUUUCUUCCCAGCAGAGGGAAUCUGUCAUGGAAAAUAUGUUUAAAAGUGUGUGAUCGUAUAGUUUAGUGUUAGAACACAUAAAUACCAGGUUUGUAUUUUUCUAAUCUGAUAAUGCUGCUUUUUAUGAGGAUUAUUUGUAAUUCUAAUUUGUUUGUUUUUUUGGAAAGUGCUAUUCUUAUGGGCUUUUCGCAAUGGCCUCAUUUGGUAGGGCGGUAUAUCUUCAAAUUCCUGAAGAACAUAAUUUGUGAACUCUUGUAGCAUAGCAGAAGCAAUACUUUUCAGAGUUCUAUUGGGGAGAUUUUAAAAUGGUUUUUAUUUGAAUGAUAGUCAUUUAAAAGUAUUGAACGCAAAUUAUGUUAAAUGUUAAGUUACGCUACUCUGCUAAAUACUAUGUUUUAUGGUAAAUCUGAACAUAUUUUAUGAUGGAUUCCCUUUUAAAGCAUCCUUUACUGUACAAGUUAGUGUCAUAAGCCAGCAUAAUAGAUGGUUAAUAUUUUUCUCUAUAUUAAACGGUUGAUUUCAGUUUAUCUGGCAUCUGCGAAAUUUGUAGAAAAAAAUGGCAUUACCUAAUUGACUAGUUACUUUUAAAACAAAGUGUCAUUUUCGUUUUCUCACCUUUUGUUUAAACUCUUUAAAUUGCCAUUCUGAAGGUAGUUAUUUAUUUUUAUUUAUUUUUUUUGAUUUAUUGGACUGGAUAAGUACACUCUUUCCCUGAAUCUAAAAUGGCUCAGACUUGAUUGGUCAAUUAGAUGAGCAUUUGAGAGCUUAAGGUAAAGCAAUCUCUUUUGUUUAAUGCAUUCUGUCCAGAAAAAACUAUCAGCAUUUUUGUUUAGCUUUUUUCCCCCCCACAAAAUGUUUAUAUGUAUGUUCUAACUUUCUAUCUAUUCAAGCAGAGGAACAAUUUUUGGGGGGGCUUCUUCUUUGCCCAUCCAUGUUCUACUUUUCAGUUCCUAUAUACAGAGCUUUUGUUCUUUACCCCAGUGUAAGGGACCCCAGUGACAUAAAUAGGUAGGAGCUCUGCCACUGUAGUGAAGACCCCUGUGACAUUUGAAGUCUAAUCAGAUUAUUUAGCAUAAAUAUUUUGUCAUAUAUUGCAUAGCCGUUUAAAAUUAUCUGAAGAAUAUUGUAGUGGGUCCCCAGCUUUAUGCUGUGUAGGUAUUUGGAUCCCUGUCAAGUUAAGAACCACUUUGGGUGGGUAAAGGGGAGUGGGGGAUUUUGAUUGACUAGUCAAAAAUUGCUUUAUAUAAAUUUUGGAGUGGAACAGUCACCAAGAGCCAACCAUAGAAAAUAAAACACAUGACAGAUCUAAAUAUCUCACACUAUACAUAUGCGAUCACUUUAACUUUACCAUUAACUGUUCAUUUAAGCUAUGUCUGUUUUUUUUUUUAAAUCAGUUUUGUUAUUACAGUGACCAGCAAGUGUUUGCACAAACGCCACUUUUGCUCGACUUAUCUGGUGAGGACAGGGUAUGAGGUAAAUUGUAAAAUGUUACAUUUUGAGUGUUGGCUUUGUAAGAACAAAACUGACUUUGCUAUAUUUAUAAAACAUUUAUUGUGGCUUUUCGAUACUAAGUGACAAUAUGAUGUCAUUUUACACCUAUGCAGGAAUUAGAUUUUCUGUUUCCAAGGUUCGGUACCUUUUACCUUUUUUUUUUU